AUGUCGCUCCUCCUAGCACCUUACAACAAUGCUAUGCGCCUUGGGCAAGGCUUCAACUCUUAUACCCAGCAAAUCUGUAUCGACGAUGCUGUUGUCAUGGACCCUGACAGAUCGGAGAACGUCGUGACCAACGAUGGUACAACGAUGCGGAUCAUGGCGCAAAAGAGUGCCACGCCUAGUGCUUGGACUAGGCAAAAGGAAGUUCUCGUGGAGAACCCUGCCACUGCUGUCCUUGUGGCCAACGCCCGGAAGGCUGUCGACGAGACUAAGCUGAUUGAAGAACAAUUGGCGGCUGAAGAGGCCGAAGGCGAGUCAUGGUCAAAGUCUGCUGGUAAAGACGAGGAAGAGGAUGAAGAGCCUGAGGAUUCUCCAAAGGAAAGUGACUCUGUCGAUGAUUUGGCGGAUGCCGAUGAGGCUCGGAAAGAAGUCGAAUGCAAAGCAGCCGAACGUGAAGUUGCUGAUGCCGAUGCAACAAAGGAAGACGGCAAGUCAGAGAACGCUGAGACAGGAUCCGAGCCUGUCAAGAGCAAACCCAAAUCGCCAAAGACUCGCGCCAGAGCUAAUUCAUCCUCGGAGAAAGAGCCUGAGGAUGCGACAAAGACUGACCGGGCCGCUAUCCUGGCAAACCUUCAGGCCAAUGCCGAGCGUCCUAAGCCCAAGAACUCGGCCAAGAGAUCUCUUUCUUCUGAUCGGGCUCAACAACAUACAGCCGAAAAGUCAACCACGCCAAUUGAUCGCGCUGCAAUCAAAGCUGCUCUAACCAAGACCAAUAGCGCUGGACCUCCCGUGAAAUCAGCCCAGGAGGUGGCCGAAGCGACCGAGCGCGAGAAGGAAGAGAAAGAACUUCUGACAGAAGAUCGAGCUUACCGCAGAUCACUUGAAAAGGAAGCACGCGAAGACGAACGAAAGCGUCGGAGCGAGGAGCGCAAAGAACAAGAGGCGAUUCGUUCCGAAAAGCGCGAGUGGGACGCUAAACGGCGCGAGGACGCACGCAAAGCUAUUGACAAUGCUGCCAAUUUGAAGGCAAUGAGCAUGGAGGAUAUGGCAAAGAUUCGACAACAGAACCAAUUUGUCGAACGCUUCAACGGCAUGUCGGAACAAACUACGAAGUACGACUUUGAUCCCACAGCGCCUCGUGGCCCAAGUCAGACCGUCAUCUACACAUCGCGCUUUGUGGAUCGUCUCAGCGAUGUUAUGGAUGACAUGAGUGUUUCAGGAUCAUUGUCGAUCAAAGCUGGCAAGAUUGGUGGUUCCGGCAAAGGCUCAUUUGUUGACUCCGACAAGUUCAAGGAGAGUGAUUUGAACUUCUACAUCUCUGUUAAGGUGAUCAAUCAAACCAUCAACUUCAAGGACGCUCUGGUAUAUAAUCCUCUACGAUCGGUCGACAAGGACAAUUUCCGCGAGGUGUAUGGCGACUCUUUCAUUUCCGGUUUCUUGGAAGGCGGCGAGUUCAACGCCCUAGUCAGCAUGAAGAUCCUGAAUAAAGCCAAGAAGACAGAUAUUCAGGCUGAGGCAAAGGUCGCCCUAACAGCCGGUCCAGUUCAGAUCGAAGCAGAAGCAAAUGUUGGAGUUGCUCGAUCCAAUAUUGAGACAAACACCGAAACGACCAUCCAGGUUAGCUGGUCUGGUGGAGGCCACAUCAAACCGAUGGAACAGCAAUGGGACAUUCAAAGCCUGAUGAGCGCUGCCGCUCGAUUUCCCGACCUUGUUGCUGAUUGUCCCCAACGUACUUAUGCUAUUUUGACAAAGUACGACGCGUUGCGAAGCUUCGUUGCACGAAAGCCAGCAGCGUAUACUGCGCUUCAGUAUGAGAAUGCACAGAUCUACACGAACACUCUGCUCGACACAUUUGUGAGCUACAAAGCGCUUUACAAGCGCCUGGGCGAGCAAGUCUUUCAGGUACAGGGCAAAACAAUGGAAAUCCAGCAGUGGAGUGACAGCGACAAGGUUGCGACAACGAAAGAUAAUCAGCGCAAAGAAGAGUCCGCAUUGACGAAAGCAGCACAGAAAGGCACCAAGGACAAGACAGGCUUCUAUCCUUUUAAGGAAGAGACCUCUCGCUUUGAGGCAUCAAUCACAGGCCUGAGCGAUGCCCGUAAGGCUGUCCGUCGACAAAUGGCUCGCAUCGUUAAUGAGGUCAGCUUGAUCGAACAGGAUCCUAAGCUUGCAACAGAUGAAGACCACGAGGAGCCUUUCCAGGCUUCAACUGCGUUCGAGGAGCGACUUCCUACAGUCGUGGUACCGGAAAGACUUCGAAUCAAGUCCAAUCCUUUAUCUGGCAGAAGGAUCCAGGCCAAAGCGCUUGAUGAGAAAGAACAGCAACAAGCUAUACAGGACGACGCGAAAAAUGAAGAGGGUCCCCCCCUUUUCACGCCAACUGAUAAACUGUCGGCAAAAGAGCAAGAGGCUAUGCAGGCUCUUGUUAACACUGAUCCAGCCAUUGGCGACAACUUCCGUGUUUCUACCCCUGCGGGUGACGACUCCAAAGGAAAACCUUUUAACAACCUUGAUUAUCUGAAGCCAGAUUGGGAAGUCCGAUCGAUCAGGGCUGAGAUUGCUGAAGGCGCUCUCGUCUAUUUGGCGGUUUCUUAUGAGAACGGCUUGUUGGUCGAAAAGGGAGCGUCUCGCAAUGGCUCACGUAUCAAGAAAUUCGGGCCUUUCUUCCCCGGCGAGAGGAUUAGCUCUGCAUCCAUCGAGCACGGAAGACGACUUCGCGAAAAGGACUCACAGGUGCUCGGAUUGCGCCUAUUUACCAAUCGAGGGCGUGGUUUGGUCGCUCGUGCUCUUCGCUCCGAACCCGGCACAGCUCCUGCUGACUCUGGCGCGAAGGAUGCUCAACCCAUCAAGACUAUCGUCAGGGAUGGCGUUCCGUAUGAAAAUGUGGGUGUCACCUACCUUGAUGUGCCGUUCAAUCCCGGAACCAUCAAGGGGUUCUUCGGUCGCAGCGAAGACAACUCAGAGAGCGGUAAAAUAUGGCGUCUCGGUAUUGUGUGGUGCCGCACUGGAGAGUCUGUCGACGACACAGCCGAACACUUUGGGGAUACUGGCGAUGUGAUCGACAGCGAGGAUUUUGCGCUCCUUCAGAAAGACCAGAGUACUUCGACGAAAAGUCUGGAGGAUACAAAAGCGGAACUCGCUAAGAUGAAGUCAACGCUAGCGACUGCUCAGAAAGACCAGAGCGAUUCGACGAAUAGUCUGCAGGAUACAAAAGCGCAACUCGCUAAGAUGCAGAUAGAGCUAGAGGCUACUCGGAGGGAUCUUGGCGAGGCUCGGAGCACAAGCACAAAGAAAGACGAGCAGCUUCAGCAGCUAAACGACGAUCAAAAGAAGAGACCCGUCUUCACCUUUGAGCCACAAAGUGGCAUUAUCUCAGGGUGGCAGGCUGGCGUUAAUUCGUACAAACGUCCUUCACAUCAAUUCUCACAAGCAUACAGCAUCAGUCCGAAGAUGAUAUACGGCCUUGCAUACAUGGAUUGCGAACAGGAGACACACAAUAGAUCAAUGAAGGUCAGCGUUCCGGAUAUCACACCGUCAGGGUUUACAGCUCAUCUGGAAUCCUUCAAUGGAUGCAAUGCCUUCGGCAUUGAGUGCGCCUGGAUGACACUACCAAGCGAUCUUCACCUAGAAUAUGGAAGUGUCGAUACAAAUGGAGCAGGAGCAGGUGUGAAGGACAACAUCCGUCAGCGCAUCGUGUUCAACCAGGGAUUUUCCUCUCCGCCCAAAAUAUGCGUCUGGUUCCAGGAAAUCGACUAUCCCAGUAUGAAGAUGGCUCUGAAUGCCGAUGUCUAUAACAAUCCUAUUUUCAGUGCUUCCCUUCCCGGCAUGAUAGCCAGUGCGAGCAAUAAUUACACUGCUAUCAGAGUCACGGCCGACGACAUCACCGACACCUCGUUCACACUGAGCCUUGCCAGUUGGCUUGAUCGCAAAUACACCAAUAUCCGCGCUGGUUGGUUCGCAUAUCCAGCAGAACAGGAUGGAAAACGCGUCAGGAGUGGACGUGAGAAAGUCACGCGCGCUCAGCCGACUUCGAACAAACAAGUUCCGUUCUCUCAGCCAUUCUCGCGCACACCGGCCACUUUCAGUGCCAUUUCGGAGAUUGACUUUGGUUCGGCAAAACACCUCCGCAUGAAGUGUAAAGCAACUGCUCCGAACGAGCGUGAGUUGAAAUUGGAUUACGGUACCUGGGAUGACUCAGAGAUGGAUCAUGCUGAUAUUACUUGGAUCGCGAUUGAGUAA